GCUCGCUCGUCUGCUCGCUCAUCUGCCCGCCCCAAUCGACGCGCAUUCGUCUCGCCAGGUUGCCCAUCUCUGCGAGACUCGAGCCAGCUGCACACGAGCGCUCUUUACUAGAUUGCGGGAUCCGAGUCGCCAUGCAGUUGAAGGAGAAGCUACAGGGCGUUGUCACCACCGAGUCGGUUACUCGGCUGUUGAAGAGCGCCAGUAACGACACCAGCUCCCAGGACAAGAUCCGAUUUGCACAAGAGAUCCUGGCAUCGCGCUCGAUAUUCAUACCGGCCAAGCAGGAGUGGCUGUGCGAAUGGGUCUGCUCUGCAAUGAUCAAGUCGAUCCCAAAGGACCUUGCCAAGGUCGACGGGCGCAGGCUCGACUGGAGCCAUCCAGAUCCCUACGUCGACGCCGAUUACUGGGCAUUUCUCCUGUCUCUCAUCAAGGAAUUUGCCAGGCUGAGAAAGGAGUCGCUCAAGAGCAGCGGCGUCGAUCGCACCCGAGCCGCAUCGAUCAAAGUGCCGAUCCUCCCGCUUUUUACGAGUCUCUGUGCAAUUGUAUCGUCUCCAAAGACUGAGGGUGCCUUCUUGGACACCUGCAACGACUUGGUUCGCUUGGCCAUUGAGUGCUAUGCGCUCCUGACGACCGAGCUGCCGGAUGCCUUCCAUUUGACCAUCGAGCAGCUCGUCGCCUUCUCGUCAGACAUUCUUGCAGCGAUUCUCGUCCGGACCCAACCAAAAAGUCUCCACCGUGAUCUGUCUGCCACGCUGUGUGUUCUCCUCUGCCGGGUCCUCUCAACUCUGACAGCGUCCUGCAACCAGUCGUCGAACCAAAAGAAGAUCUUUGGUCUUGUCUGCUCAAAGCUCCUUGUGCCUCUGCUUUCGAUCCUGCAUCAAGCACGCUGGGACCAUUGCUUCCAGGAACAGUGCAUCGCCCCGAUCCAGUCCGAGUUGGAGACCCAGAUCGAGGAUCUCAUUCGCACCGGCCUGUUCCACCCUGAGCACAUCGCCGAGUUUUCUCUCACGCUUCAGAAUCUCGAAGCUAUGGCCAAACUCCCCAAGGAGAGCAAGAAGGAUGUUUUGCUGAGCUAUCCGCGGCAGUUUUUUGACCAGAUCAAGGCCUUGGCAGGUGCCGAUGCUGGAGGCGCUAACAGCACCAUGGCUCUCCGCUCCCUGCCGAUUCUCUUGAAGCUCUUCCUCACGUCCGCGACCCAGAGCAGUCCCGCCAUCUCGGCCUCUGCGGUCUUUCGAGUCGAGUUCAGCUUCUUCAGCCAUAUGAUCGAGAUUGCAAUCGCUUGUGUUGAUCGGGUGUGUUCCGAGGCACACAAGUCUCAGAAUAUUGACUCUCAAGGUGCCAGCGAUAGUCUCGCCGCCGCUAUGUUUGCCGUGCAUGCUCUGCUGGAGCAGCUCGACCGAUUCGAGAUCUAUCGCCCGACAAACGACGACAUCUCGCGAUUCCAGCUCAAGUAUUUCCAGGGCAUCCGUCAAUCGCUCGGACAGUAUGCCAGUCAGGCCCCUGCGGAUGUACACAGUCUCUUUUUCCUCGCAUGGCGCCAGCUUCUCAAAAUCGACUUUUCGAUCAUCUUCCAGAAUAUGGACAACAUCUGGCCGCUCGCGCUCCAGCCGCACACGGGAUGCUUUGAGGACGCCGAGGAGUUUGUCGUCGAGCUCCUCGACACAUUCACAAAGUCGCGCCAGCUCGAUCAGCUUAUCCGGGAGGUUCUUGGCUGGAUCCAGCAGCUGCACUUGCACACAGACCAGCGCCGUUUCCAAACCAGCACCUUCUUUUCGCCAAGGGUCCUCGGGGUGCUCUCUGCUUGCAUCCGAAGAAACCUACCCGCACAGAACGUCCAGAUCAUUGGCGUAUUUUGCGAGCAGCUCGACGAGUGCUCUGGCUCGAUUCGAGAUUGUCUGGCUGAUCAGGAUGAACCUGCACCGAAGAAGGUCAAGAAAUCAGACCAACUGGCCACUGGCAGUGUCGAGGGCACCAAGAACAUAGGAUGCGUCGAGCCGCUCUCGCUGCUGCUGGCGCUUGUUAUCAAAAACACCGCCAUCUCUGCGGGACAGCAAGCGGCAUUUUCCAGAUUGUCGGGCACCCUGUAUGAGCAAUUCAUCACGCCUGUACUCCAGAGCAUGCCUGCUCUGGAGUCUGCCUCGACUAAGCGCGCCCGAGACGAUCCGACUCUGGAGUUUCUGUAUUCUGCGCUUGCCCUGCAUCUCAACCUGAUGGAGGCCUCAGACCAGUACUGGAGGGAGCACGUUCGCACCAACGACAUUUUGACCCUGGUCAAGGGCCUCGCUGUCUUCAUCGGCCGGGAGCCGCGCGUCGCUGUUCUCGUGUGUAAGAUUGGGCUCCAUCAUGUCGACCGAAUCGCCAGCACCAACACCGAUCUGCGUGACGACCAAGAUUGCAUCGACAUUGUUUCAAGAAUCAUGAACAGUGCGACGCAGCUCAUCGGCUCGGCUAGGCACGCCACAUGGGACCGCCAGUGGAGCCAAGUCUCCGGCAGCAACAUCGGUGUGGCUCUGUGGGUCACCUUGCUGGAUCAUCUCGCCGCUAUCUGCCGCGUGGCUUCACAAGCUCAAGUUGAGUUCAUCGUGAAAAACGUGCUUCUCUCGCUGUCGAUGACCAAUGUUGCCGCCCACUCUGGCGGCUCUGCCCUCUCCAUGGCUUCCGUAACAGCUCAGCUGCUGUCCAGCGCGUCCUUUUUUGAACUGCGUCCGAUUCGGGACUUCUUCCUGCUUGGUUUCUGGGAGCAAGUCUCUGUCCUCAAUACGGCUGUCCUCCCUCCCGUCCUACUGGACUUUGUUCGGUCGCCCAGUCACUCCCAAGAUCCGUCUCGACUGCAAGAAGCCAUCGUUGAUCCAGCCUCGUGGCCCGCCCACAGCUCUGCUCCAGUCGACAUUCUGUGGAAUCAAAUCUCCUUGCUCAGCUUGUUUCCGUCUUUGUAUUUCACGGCGCCAGAGCGAGAGGCGCUGUCGUGGCUUUGCCUCGCCCUAGCUAGCUUCAUGAAAAGUCGGAUUACGUCCAACACUGAAUCGCAGGCGCUAAGACUGAUCGCUGUCAGCCUCAAGCUUCUUGUUCGCUACGGAAAGAAAGACGACCGAUUUAUCACCCUACAAUCGCCACGACUACUGCAAUCCAUCAUCGAGCUGGCAAGCAGCCUUCCCGAAGGGCCCGAGUACAACCCGAUCUGCGAUCAAAUCCGAGGCGCUGUCUUGGCGACGGUUGAUCAAACGUCCAAGAAACUGCCUCCAAAGAUUGGAUCCAAGUCCGUUGGCAGGGCCGCGACUACGACUCCAGCCGAUUACGUUCUCGAGAUGAUCCGCUACUUUACCUCAAGUCAAGCGCGGCUGCCGCAAGCCCAUGGCUUGUGGGAAUGCAGUGUGGUUGGCUUCAUGACUCCGUUGACCCAAUGGGUCUGGAACAGGCACAAACGUGACACCUCGCAUGCGGGCGAUCAGCCUGCGGCGACUAUCGAGAGUGAGCCUGUGGUUGCUCACGUUAUCGAAAGCAUCAAUGGGUUUAUCGCGCUGAUUGAGGACACAGCAAAGCGCCAUCUUGAGCAAUACGCGAAUUCCACCUCUGUCUCUCGCUCGGUCCUGGACUCUGCCAUGGGCCAUUUGCGCCUGCUUUCCAUGGCCAUCCGCCACUACCAACGCCUUGCAUUGAACACCAACGAUCCACACCAUCAAAAGAUCGAGCAGCUCUACGUUUACCUCGUCACGCUCGCUGCCAAGGUGCUCGCUGACCUGCAGCCCACCAACGCGGGCAACUCGGAUGAAGGACAGCUCGACUUCAGCGCCGGGAUUCUUGCCGAGCUCUUCCACGGCAUCCAAGUCAUGAGCCUGGGCGAGUCUGGCAUCGACCGAUCUGACAAAGGCGCCGACUGCGCCAUUGACGGCCUCGUAGCUCUGGUACAGAAUGUGAACUCGGAGCAGUACCAGGUCCUGAUAUCGUGGGCCAUUCAGAAGCUGGAGCUGGUUUCGGCCGCCAGAGGGCUCGCCGAUCCAUCCACCUCGCGCUCGGAGACAACCGUGCACAUCCCGAGCCUCGGGCGAAUCGUGGAGGCAAUGGUAUCGGAGAUCAACCCAAACGUCUCGCGCAGAUUCCUUCGGCAAGAACUCGGCCGCAUUGUGGUCCAGCUGUCACGAAUACUCAUGAGUGCCGACGACGUGGCGUCCUUGAUUGCGGUUCUGCACCUGCUCAACACUCUUGUUUGCGAUAGGGGCCUCAACAUGCGGAACCACGACGUCGCGACCGUCCUUGGCGCGGCAUCGACCGUCACUUCGGAGGUCGCCCUUGCGCAUGUCUCCAAGAUCACUCCGGAAGUCGCAGAGAAGCUGUUUGAUGGGAUCUAUCGGCUUCUUCUGUCACUGCUGCGACAACGGCGCGACUCGGUCGUCGAGCUCAUUCCGCCGUUUUUCAGCAUCCUGAAACAUAUCCUUUUUUGUUACUGAGUGACGGUCAGGCGAGGCGCACAUGUGCCGACUGAUCCGCGGGCUGGCUGGCUGGGAGUGGAAGCAGCGUUUCAAGGACUGCUUGGCAUCGGAACGGUAUU